UUCAUCAAGCGUCCAAAGGUCCACUCUCGCCGUACCUUUGGAAAGUGUACAUAACAUCAGUUAAGGUCUACCCUCCCGAGCCAGCGGUCCUCAAUCCUCAUCUUCUAUCUUCUGCAAUCUUCAACCUUCGGUAGCUUGAGGAUCCGCCGCACAUCCAAAUCCAAACAGACAGCCCGGAGAUCCAAACGAUGUCACGAUUGGCAAGAGGAGCAAGAGCAGCAGCAAGGGGAUAUGCAUCAUCGUCAAUGCGAUUCCCUAAGCUGAACGGCGAUCUGGACGUUCCCGCGAAAACGGCCCUCGAAAGCAGGUUGGCCAUGCAGGAAAUGGUCGACGAACUCCGCUCUGCUCUCGCGACAGUAGAGGCGGGCGGAGGCGACCUCGCGAGAAAGAGGCAUUCUGCAAAAGGAAAGCUUCUUGCCAGGGAGAGGAUUGAGGCGAUUGUUGAUCCUGGCUCACCAUUUCUGGAGCUGGCACCUCUGGCCGGAUACGAUGAGGGGAUCAUCAGCGGGGGAGCUGUUGCCGGCAUCGGUAGGGUUGAAGGCGUCGAGUGCAUGAUCCUGGCCAACGACGCAACCAUCAAGGGGGGAACGUACUAUCCCAUCACCGUGAAGAAACACCUGCGUGCUCAGGAAGUCGCCCAGGAGAACCGUCUGCCUUGUAUCUACUUGGUUGACUCGGGAGGGGCGUUCCUACCGAAGCAGGCCGAAGUAUUUCCUGACAAGGAGCAUUUCGGAAGAAUUUUCUUCAACCAAGCCAACAUGUCCGCGGCAGGGAUACCCCAGGUGGCCGUCGUGAUGGGCAUCUGCACCGCCGGGGGGGCGUACGUGCCCGCCAUGUCCGACGAGACUGUCAUCGUCAACGGGACCGGGACCGUGUUCUUGGCCGGCCCCCCCACUCGUCAAGGCAGCGACCGAUUGUCGGGCGUGGCCGACCACUUUGCCGAGGACGACGAGGACGCGAUCUCCAUCGCUCGCAGCAUCGUCGCAAACUUUAACCUCCCAUCUGCCACGAACCCCUCGCAACGCGUAGCUGCUAUGAACGCCGCCGCUGCCGCCGCUAGCGGCGGCGGUGGCGAACGCGAGCGCAGCAAGAGUCAGGAAGGAGCCACCACGGCGGCGGAACAGCAAUGGGACGAACCGCUGUUCGACCCCCGGGAGAUGGGAAGCAUCAUCCCGACGGAUAGCAAGAAGCCCUUCGACGUGCGAAAGGUUAUUGCUCGCCUGGUCGAUGGGAGCCGUUUCCACGAGUUCAAGGAGCGUUACGGCACCACGAUGGUGACCGGAUUCGGGCACCUGUACGGACAGAGCGUGGGGAUCGUCGCCAACAACGGUGUGCUUUUCUCGGAGUCGGCUCUGAAGGCGGCUCAUUUCGUUGAGCUGUGCUGCCAGAGGGGCAUCCCGAUCAUCUUCCUGCAGAACAUCACGGGGUUCAUGGUCGGCAAGCGAUACGAGCACCAAGGCAUCGCGAAGGACGGGGCCAAGCUCGUGGCAGCCGUUUCCUGCGCCAAGGUCCCGAAGAUAACCUGCGUCAUCGGCGGGAGUUACGGGGCGGGGAACUACGGCAUGUGCGGAAGGGCCUACUCGCCGCGCUUCCUCUUCAUGUGGCCUAACGCACGCAUCUCCGUGAUGGGGGGAGAGCAGGCGGCGAAUGUGUUAGCCCAGGUGGAAAAAGACAAGCGCGAGAGGAGCGGAGAGACCCUCGGAGAGGAGGAAGAGGCGAAGAUCAAGGACCCGAUACUCAACAAGUUCGAGCGGGAGAGCUCCCCGUACUACUCGAGCUCGCGCCUUUGGGACGAUGGCGUGAUAGACCCGGCCGACACUCGGAAGGUGCUCGGGCUCACCCUGCACGUGGCGACUAAAGACGCGGCUCCACCCACGUCGUUCGGGGUGUUCCGGAUGUAGUUUUUUAUUAGUCGUGACUCCGUCCGAUCGAAGGCGAGAAGCGAUUGAUGUAUGCGGGGUGGGAUUCAAUGGCGCAGGUUCGACGUCCUUCCCCGUGAGAAGUUGUUCUGGGUUGUGAGGAGCAGCGCGCCAUUCGGGUGUAUGUAUGUUAUGACGACGGCGGUUUGUUAAUAGUGUGAGUUGAGGGUUUCGCUAAAAGGAUGUAGCCUUACUUUUUUUUGUCUUUUGUGUUAUGAUCUCCGGGUUAACAGCCGCUCAAUACCUUGUGCGGCCAAACAAUAAUCCGGGUUUGUUCCGUUAGAGUAUGGUCGUUCCCGUUUUUUGCGGGGUCAAGGAGUUGAUAGUCCGUUUCCGAGUUCACCAUUGAAAAGGCUUCGGGUGUGACGGUCUUCAGGGUGUCCUCAUGGACGUUGUUGAUGGAAGUUGGCAUCAUCUGCGUUGGGAACCUCGAAGCGAACGCUCUCUUGCUGAGACAUGCUCCCAUGGUGAGGAUGGUUUGGUAGGUCGCUACAGUAGUCGUAGUUUUUUUUCCUCUACUCGAUGGAAGUGUCAAUAUUCGUCGCUCGCUACAGCACAGCUCAAUGUGCCUGGCACUUUCUCAAGAGUUUCAGCCACUAUUUUCUCGCAUACAUACAUUGUACAUGCCCUGAAAGGUACUGCUACCUGCCUUGCUUCUUAAGCUUCUCUGUCUACGGGGAACGCUGCUCGGAAAUGCGUUAGGUCUGGCUUGGUGGUAAGUCUGUAAGUGGAUCGAGGUUGGUUGUGGAUUUUGCCUCUAUUUAGAUGGAACGACACCGACAUGACAUUCAAGGUCCUACAUAAGGAAGGCAGCCUUAAGGCCUAGUCGUAGAGGAGAAGUCUCUACUGCUGUAGCCUAUUUUUCACCGGACAACUGUGUCGGAGCGUUAGUUUUAGUGUUCUGCACCGCUCUUGAGGUCUACGCAGAUUCUGUUGAAGACCUCUCCGGCGGCAGGGGGUCAAGGGGAAGCGGGCUCCAAACGCCGUCGGGAGCCAACCUCGGGCUAUUGUACCACAAA